AUGUCACGUAAUAUGUUUUUUAAAAUUACAAGAAAUAUAAACAGCUGGUCUCCUGUUCAACGAGCGCUUUUGACUAAACAAAAUAUGGUGUCAAAAGAUGUUUAUACUGCAUAUCAAGAUUAUUUACCAAAACUUGUAGACAAUGUAUUAUCUCAUAAAAGAUUUCAGGAACUUCCUGAAAUAAUAGCCCGAAUAAAGAGGUUUUCAGAAUACAACAUAAUAGACGGUAAACAACUCCGAGGUCUAUUAACAUUAUUCACAUACGAAACACUCAAUAAGCCUGACCCAAUUAGUGAUAAAUUAUGGGAGGACGUCUUUAAACUAGCCUGGGCUAUAGAAAUGCUACAAGCAGUUUAUAUAGUUUCUGAUGAUGUGGAAGACGACGCUGUGACUAGACGUGGAAAGAAAUGUUGGCAUUUAUUAUGUGACGUUGGUUUAUUAGUUAUAAACGACACCAGUUUGUUUCGAAGCUUUAUUCACGAAAUAUUACGGCAAAAUUUCGCUAACGAACCUCACUAUUCACAAAUUAUAAACUUAUUUAACGAGAUAUUUUUGAUUACAUCCAUGGGUCAGCACUUGGACAGUAUGUUAAACUAUUUAAAAAAGCCCGAUGGUUUUAAUGAAGAAAAUUAUAGAAAAAUGUCCAUUUAUAAAACAUCUCAUUAUACUUUCCGAUUUCCGAUAUUACUAGCACUGAUACAUUCUCAAAAAGGGACAAAGGACUCGUAUCAAUACAUCGAUAAUAUUUGCGAUGAAAUUGGUAUCAACUUACAAAUGCAGAACGACUUCAUGGAUUGCUUCGUCGAUGAAAAUUCGAUGGGUAAAACGGGUUCCGAUAUUCAAAAUGGAAAACUGACCUGGUUAGCAGUUGAGGCACUGAAACGAUGUAACUCUGCUCAACGAAAGGAAUUUGAAUCUUGCUAUGGUAAUCAAGAUCCAGUUUAUGUGGAGCGAGUACGAAACUUAUAUAAAGAGCUUAAUUUACCGCAAGUUUACCGUCAAUUAGAAAAAAUCCGGUAUGAGAAGAUUUUGAAACAAAUUAAUGAUUUACCACAAGGCACUGUGCCGAGUCCUGAGAUCUUCCUUAAAGCUCUUGAUUUGGUAUAUAAUAAAACUCAAAUAAUAAACUGUUCAUAA